GGCGGCCAUGACAGGUACCAAGGCGGAAGUAGAAUGCAGGGCGGAGUUUGCCCCGGUUGAUUCAUUCUCCCUUUUCUUUUUUUUUUGGAGUCAGCUGCGAGGAAGCGGAGCCGGCUUUGGAAAAGGAGGAAGAAGAGGAGGAGGAGGAGGAGGAGGAGAGGGGUCAAAGGUGAAGAGCAGCGAUGCUGGCCCGGGGGAGGCAGAUCUUUGUGGGGUUCUCGGUCUACUGGAAGCCACUCUUCAGAGGUCGCCUCCUGCUAGUGACCAACACCGUCAGCUGCGGGGGGCUCCUGGCCGCCGGGGACUCUCUCCGCCAAGCCUGGGAGAUGAGGCAGGACCCCAAACGGAAGCGGGAUGUGGGCCGGACAGCUCGGAUGUUCGCCGUCGGGUGCAGCAUGGGCCCCUUGAUGCACUAUUGGUACCUGUGGCUGGACAGCAUUUUCCCUGCUGCUGGCUUCAGCGGGAUCAGAAGCGUGCUCAAGAAGGUUUUCAUCGACCAGAUUGUGGCCUCACCGGCACUGGGAGUUUGGUACUUCUUGGGGAUGGGAUCGCUAGAGGGGCAAACUCUGGAUCAGAGCUGGCAGGACCUGGAGGAUAACUUCUGGGAGUUCUACAAGAUGGACUGGUGCAUCUGGCCACCAGCGCAGCUGAUCAACUUCCUGUUCCUGCCCCCCAAGUACCGCGUGGUCUACAUGAACGUUAUCACACUUGGCUGGGACACUUACCUGUCGUACCUGAAACAUCGGCCUAAAGAACCAUCCCACAGUCCAGAGGGGGAUUGCAAGCCUGGUGCCGUUGAAAUCCAAACGGCUGGGUGACAGCGGUCACCUGCUCCGUCCCACGACGACAACAAUGAUGGGCGUCUUGCAUUCUGGAGCAGGCCUCCAGCAUCUCUGCCUAAAAGGAGCCUUGUGCCCCAAGACGAGGCAGUUGGGAUUGGACAAGCAGGAACUGUUGCCUGGGCUAACAGCCAACCCCCCACCCCGGCCGAAAACCAGCAGCUUGGCUCCCUCUUCCACCGGCCAAGCUUCCCACACCAAGAACUGUCUCUGGAAGGAGCAAAGCUGGAGGACUUGAAGCAGUUCCCUUCGGGGCCAGAUUUGGCGUGGGUUGAACCAAGUGUUGGCAUCCUCUGAAAGCUGAUCCCUUCUAAGUUGUUUCCUUAAGAAAAAGAAAGUAAAAAGUGUAAUAUUGCUGCCCUGGGCUCCUACUGGGAGGAAGGGCGGGAUAUAAAUAAAUA